AUGUUUAGUAACACCGAAUUUAGAUUUAAUAAAAAUUCAAAUGAAUGGAAUGAUUGGAUCGAAGAGGCCAUUUAUAAAAAACAUAUUAAAAAUUAUGAAUGUGAAUAUUUUUAUAAUGUUGAAGAAAUUGGUUAUGGAAGUUUUGGAAAAGUUUAUCGUGCAAAUUGGAAAAAUUCUGAUAAAUAUUUAGCAUUAAAAUCUUUUUUUAAUUUCAAUCAUGCCACAGUUAAAGAAAUUGUUAAUGAGCUUAAACUUCAACGCGAAGUUGAUUUUCAUGACAAUAUUAUUCGUUUCUAUGGAGUUGCAACAGAGGUUCAAAGUGAUAAUUCAAAGAGAUACAUGUUAGUAAUGGAGUAUGCUGACGGUGGUACUCUUCGAAAAUAUCUAAAAGAAAAUUUUGAAAUUCUUACUUGGAAUGAUAAAUUUAACAUGGCAUUACAGUUAGCUUCCGCUGUAUCAUGCUUACAUGAUGAAGGAAUCAUGCACCGUGAUUUGCACUCUAAUAAUGUGUUGGUUCACCAAAAUUCUAUAAAGUUGGCCGAUUUUGGAUUAUCGAAAAGGAUUGAAGAAUCUUCCAACCUUCAAUCAAAAUUAUUUGGAGUAAUUCCUUACGUCGAUCCAAAAAGUUUUAGCAGACAAAGAAACAAUAAUAAAGUAUAUUCCUUAAAUAAAAAGAGUGAUGUUUACAGCGUUGGAGUAUUAUUAUGGGAAAUAUCUAGUGGUCAACGUCCUUUUUAUGCUGAGGGAAAACCAUAUGAUAUCGGUUUGGCUGUAGAAAUUUUACAAGGUUUAAGAGAGAAACCUAUUCCUAAUACACCCGAGAAUUAUAUAAAAAUUUAUACUGAUUGUUGGAAUGGUGAACCAAUUAAUCGUCCAACUAUCAACCAGGUAGUCGAUGAAUUAAAAUCAUCAAGUAAUCAAAUUAAGAAUGAUUUUAACGUCAUAGUUGAUGAAUUAGUUGAUCUUAUUAAUAAAUCGGACGAAAAAAAAGAAAAAAAAGAAAUUUUUAAUUAUCUUAAUGAUCGUAAUAUAACAUCAAAAGAAAUUUAUGAUUGGUUAUUAAUUAGUCAAAAUAAUUCAAAAUCUAUUGUUUUACUUGGAGAAUUUAAUUAUUCAGGAAUUGGAACUAAUGUUAAUAAACAGAAAGCAUUUGAAUUAUAUCAAAAAGCUGCAAAUUUAGAAAAUAUUUCUGGAAUAAAUAAUUUAGGAUAUUGUUAUUCAUAUGGAAUUGGUACUAUUAUUGAUAAGAAUAAAGCAUUUGAAUUAUAUCAAAAGGCUGCAAAUUUAGGAAGUUGUACAGCUCAAUAUAAUUUAGCUUUCAUGUAUGAAAAUGGAAAAGGUAUUAUGAAAAAUAUUGAUAAUGCAAUUUAUUGGUAUGAACAAUCUGCUAAACAAGGGUUAAAAAUUGCUCAAAAUCAAUUAAAAAAAUUUGAGAAAUAA